AUGGAUCGGUGUGUCCCCGCGCCAUGGAUCUUUUCCAAGAACGGCCCACUCGUCUGUUUUCGUGUCCUUCGCCGGACCAUCAUAACCAAUAUCGAGUUGGACCUGACGCAAGCCGCCACGUCCUUCGUUGUGUGGGCGUACGUUUUGCCUGCCAAAAGCUCCAAACCCUCGGACGAGGUUAACGCCCUAUCCAUCCCCUAUAUUCUUGCCGGGGGGAAUCCAGAGGGGGGGGUUCACACGGUACCCUGCCUGCAGCAGCGUUGGGAGCUCGCGGCGGGGAGUAAAGUGGGGGUGCUGAUCGCCCCGCGGCACGUGGCCCGGGAGGCGGUCCACCACCGCCUCGCGAGCGCGAUCGCCCCCUCCAAGGCCCCUUCGCGGGGGGGGGCGCGCGGGUCCUCGGCCGGGCCGAGGCCCGAGACGCGUCCCCGCGAAGACGCCGAGGGGGUGGAGCUGAGAGGGGUCCGUGAGGUCCGCCUGGCCGGCCUGAAUGUGGGGCUGCCCUUUUUCGAGGAGGAGCCCGAGUGGCGCCCGCUGCUCGUGCGACGGUGGUUCGAGCUCCGGAGCUACGUGCGGGAGGGGACGGUGGUGGAGCGCCCCGCGGCGGCCUCCAGGCCCCUGCUCCCAGGCGACGUGAAGGAGGCGGACGCCGUCAGGGCGGAUGGGAGCUGGGUAAGGUGGUCCGACGGGUCUGUUGGGUUGAUGGAUGAGGUGAAGUUUUACUUUCGUGGCUACAAACCUGCCAGAGCGGACAAGGUGGUUCGGGUUCGACGGUACCCCCAUCGCUACUCCGAUGUGGUGGGGGAGAUUCCGUUUGGGCUUGAAGUGCAUAGCUUCGGGCGCAAAAAGGACAAGUUCACUGGCGAGCAGUACGCCUUGAUUUACCUGCCGGACGAUCCAACUUAUUUUUCCUACGUCGAAACCUACGGGUUAAUUUCCUGUGGUAAUCACUGGAUUUGGGGGUGGUCCAAGAUUGCUGGUGCAAGUGGGCUUCCAUUUCUUGUCGAGGUGGACCCCAUGUGUAUAUCCAAAGCUCCUUAUAUGAUAUCAGACGAACAAACACAAUAUCUACCACUUCCAAAAGGUAGCAUUUUUACGUCUGCACGAGAUAAUAAAGGUGUACGCAUACGAAAGAAACCUUCCCUUAAAUCCGAAAAAAUCGGUCAACUCCAGCCUAACGAGGUAAGGGAAGCCAUUGCUUUUUUGCGUGUGGAAAAGAAACAUGCGGUGCCAUCGACAAGUGAUCAUUAUAAUCCCAAUGGAUCCUCAAACAUAAAUAAGGAUUCUGAGUAUCUUGAAUUUGUAGAGUGGAAGGAUAGUGGUUUUUCUUUAAUUCGUAAUGCACACGACACAUUUUUAACUAAAGUUGAACUAAUUGCAACUGCGGAAGCGAUUUUGUCACCGUCGACGCCUUUCGAGUUGCCUAAAAGCAUGAUGGAAGCGCGAGAUACUUGCAACGAUGUGUCGACAGACAGUCCUGAGAAGGAUCCAAAGCGAUUUAGAAGGGAUGAGUCUUCUUGCUUUUCUUCUUAA